AUGUGUCAAGUGGGCCACCACGAUCCCAGCAGCCACCAGAGGGUCCUCAUGAAAACGGGCCUCAUCCUCCUCAUCGUUGGGCACCUCAACUUCAUCACCGGAGCCCUCGUCCACGGCAUCGUGCUCCGCUUCGUGGUCAGCCUGCGGGACGCCAUCUCCCUGCAGUACGCCAUCUCCAACACCGCCUCGGCCAUCUCUGCUCUGCUGAAAUGGGCAGUUCUGGCCCUGAGCGCCAGCAGCAGCCUGGGCUCGCUGUCCUGCCUGCCAGGGCUGGCCGUCGCCAUCGGGCUCACGCUGGGCAGCCGGGGCCGGGUGCUGCUGGCACCCUGCGCCCUCACCGAUGCUGCCCUCGCCCCGCUCGCCCGGCAGUGCCCCUUCGAUCCCACCCGCGUCUACAGCUCCACACUGUCCCUCUGGUUCAUCUCCCUCAUGCUGGGCUCACUGGAGAUCGUCUUCAGCAUCCGCUGCCUCCUGCUCACCAUCGAGCUCCUCCGCCUCAGCUGCUGCUGCCGCAGGGUGCGCCGGCAGAAGGUCUCCUUGCAGACUGCCCCUGCGGACAGCCCCGACCCUGGACUGUGCCUGGGCUUGCUGAGCCUGGACAGCGUGGAAACUGCCCAGCUGUGA